AUGGAAGAAGAAUACUCAAAGUUUAUUCAACAAAUAUUAGAAUUAGAAAUUGACACAAAGAAAAAACAACAACUUAUUGAUAACUUAAAUAACCCCGAAUUUCAAAAUAAAUUUUAUAUAAAAACAAAAGAAAAUAUUGAAACGAUUAUUAAAGAUGAGAAGGUAAAACGAAUAUUUCACAUUUUAUUUCCUUAUUUUCUUAAACAAUCCUUUAGAAGAAUAAUAUUACUAUUAUGGAAAGGCAUUGAUUGGAGAAACGUUCCACUUGAUCAAUUACAAAAGUUAAUUAGAUUAUUUGUUGAUAACUUUAAUAUUAAUCAAGAUAAAUACAGACAAGCUAUUCUGGAUUUAUUAAAUAUAAGAAAUGACAUAGAAGAAUAUACUAUUCGACAUAUUUGUUCAAAUACUAUUAAUAUAGAUUAUCUCAAUCAAUUCUUAAAUAAAACUAAAAGUGAGUCUAGUCAUCAUUUAAUAAAAAAAGCAAUUCGAUCAAUUCAAGUACUUCACAAUAAUAAUCCUGGAUUAGAAUAUUUUUUACUUAUAUUUCAUGGAGACUUUACAAAGACAACUGAAUAUAUUGAAAGUGAAUUAGGUAUUGAUGUUUUUAGUCAAAUUUUAGAAGCAAAUGAACAAGAUGGAGAAUUACUUGAAACUAAAAUUUAUCAUUCUAAAACUGGUCAGCAUGGUAAAGUCAUAUUUGGAAGAAAAGAAGGUAAUGUCGUAGAAACACUAAUGUCAUUUAGAGAUGCUCAGGUAUCAGUUCAUUCAAAUGGGUCACAACGUGGUUUUAUUUUUAAUUGUUCAUCAACGUCUAGUGCUAUUAUUACUACAACCAAUAUAAAUUAUAUUAGUGAUGCAAGAAUUGGAAGGUCAUGUCAAAAUAUUUUUAUUUCACUAUAUCAUUCACCAAUAUUUACUCGUUCUAAUAGAUGUGGAUGUGAAAUACGAGCUGUUUCACAUGUUUUAACUAAAUGUAAUUGUGUAAUAAUUACAUUUUAUGAUAAGAGUAAUAAUAAACUAUUUCAUUUUGAUAAAAAGGAUUCAUCAUUGUCUUUGAAUUAUAAAAAUUAUUUACCUUUUUAUGAAGCUAAAUCUUCAACAGUUCAACACCUUUAUGAUUAUGAUAAACUUGAAUUAGUAUCUGAAGAUGCUGUAACUCGAUUAGAAUCAUUUAUAAAUUCAAACAACUCAUUUACAUUAACUUUAUUUACUAGAACUAUAAUGUUUUGUCAUAUUCCUCUAUGCUCUCAAUUAUAUGAAUUAAUGACGACAUUUGCCAAAUCAAAAAUAAAUAUAAAUCAAAUUCUUCCUUCUACUCCUUUAAAUAUUCAAGAAGAAGUAAAAGGUAUAUUACCAUGGAUUAUUAAUUUUAAUUAUCAUUCUUCAUUAAAACAAUAUCAUGAAAUUAAUAUUAAAACACCUACAAAAUUACUUCAUUUAGGAUUUCACAAAUUACCAUUUAUUCCUAAAGAAUCUGCUGAAUUAUUUUAUUUUAGAGAUGAAGGUAUGGGAAUUAUUGAUUUUGCUCCUCUUCAACAUUUUAAUGAUAACCAUCCUUUUCCACAAAAAGUUAUUUAUUCUUUUGAUGAUCUUCUUCAAGGUAGAUUCUGGGUACCAACUCAAUUAAAUGGAGAUAUUACAUUAUCAACAACUUUAUAUCCAAAUCAUUAUCCAUUAUAUUUAAAUUCUUACAGUAUUCAAAAUUUAAUUAGUUUAGGAUUAUCUCAAGAUUCAAUUAAUGCUAUUCUUAUGGAUCUUGUAUCACAAAUAGAAACACCUUCUACUUCAAGGUAUGUUUCACUUCAAUUUCUUCCAAUAAACCAAGAGCAUCAAAAAAGGGUAUAUGAAAUUUUCAAUAGAUUCUUUGGUGAUAAUGUUAAUUUUACUCAAUGUGAUUUACCCAUUAUUUGUCAUGUUAUGAAAAUUCUUGAAACAAGACUAAAAAGAGGAUUAUUACCAAUUAUUAAUGGAGGUACUUUUAUAUGUAAAAUUGAUGAAAAAAAUAUUCUUCGUUCAGGAGAGAUAUCACUACGUCUUAAGUCAUUUAAUAAAACUGAUUUUUCAUCAGUUCUUAUUAUGUCACCUUUCCUUGAAAAAGGAAUGGCACGUCGAUUCAAUAAUGUUUUACAAUUAGAAUGGGAACCAAAUAUUGUGCACUUUUCUAAACAAGACAUUGAUUAUUUUAAUAUUCUUAAUAAAUUUCAAAACAAAUGUAAUUGUAUUUGGGACACUAUUAUUUUAAAUGAAAUUGGUGAAUGUAAAUACAAUCUUCCUCCUAAAGAAGAUUAUUCUCCUUUUGUAGGUGAUAAUUAUCAUACAUUUAUUAAACAAUAUAUAAAAAUAACAUCAGAAAGAGUCCCUAUUCAGAAAGCACAUUCUUUAAUGUCUGAAAUUCUUAGUCCAACUGAAAAUACAUCAAUUACUUAUUCUUUUAUCCCACCAAGAAGUUAUAAUAUUUUAUUCCAACCUCCUUUAAGAAUAGUAAAAAAACAAAAAAUCAUUAGUACUUGGUCACGAACUUUCUUCUUUCUAUUAGAUGGUAUUUCUCAAUACCGAAGACAUUUUAGAUGUGAUGAAGUCCCUGCCUCUUGGGUGUUGCAAAUACUUGGAAAUAUAGAUGACCCUUUCAUUGGAUUCCAGUUAUCUGAAUUUUUUGAGGUAGUUGAUAAUUUCCAUAUUACAGAACAUAUUAAAAAUGGAAAUAAUGCUCUCUUUUAUGGAUUAGUUUAUCUUCUAACACAAGAAGAAAUUGUGAGUGAAUUUGUUUCAAAUUAUGUUGAAUUAACUCACCUUGAAGAAAUUUGA